CCCAGUAGCCCCAUACAUGGCUAUGGAACGGGCGAUGAGGGAAUAGAACUGCUGUUGGGAUAGUGUGAAACAUUGCGGAAGUCUUUUUUAUAGGGAACAACGCUCUCACUUCCUGUACAGUUGGUUUUUUAGGACUACUAAACACAAAACAUCGCUGUUGGCUACUGAGGUGUGUGUUGCCAUUUAGCACAGAUUGGAUACAUUGUAUCGCUUGAAUCGUGGAUUUAAGGACGCGAUCUGAUUCGAACUGGAAUCUUCUCACCGGAAAGAAGAAGACGUGAAAGUUUGUAGCCGUGAGCGGUUUUGCUGAGCUGGUUCGAGUUAACAUGCACAUGGUGUGUGGGAUGUCGCUGUAUCGUCAUUAGAACGACUACAAAGAGGAAAGGGGAACUCAUCACAGUAGUGUAUUAUCGCCAGACUAAAAACACGCCACACACACCCAGUUAAGACUUGCUACUCUACUGAGCACUUCAGGAUGGAACGACUUCGAAAACUUUGUCUAUCUUUGGCUUUGAUCCUGCCUUGUUUACAAUGGACAACUUGUUUCAAUCUGGACAUUGACAAACCCUAUGUAUUCUCUGGACCUAAAGGAAGUUAUUUUGGAUUUUCUGUGGAUUUCUUCCAGCCUGAUGCCAAGCAGUCAAACAUUCUUAUAGGAGCUCCCAAAGCCAACACCUCCUCAGCCUCUACAGUGGUGGAGCGAGGGGCAGUCUAUACCUGCCCAUGGCAGAAGAGUAGUGACUGUACCCAAGUACAGUUUGACAAUACUGAUGAUCGUAAGAAUAACGAGGGGCUCCAGAUGGAAUUUAAGUCCAACCAGUGGUUUGGAGCCACGGUACGGGCACAUGGUGAACACAUCCUGGCCUGUGCUCCUCUCUACCAGUGGAGCACGUACAGUGUGUCAGAGAGAGAGCCUGUUGGAACCUGUUUCCUGAAGAAAGGACAAGAAGUUGUGGAGUACUCUCCUUGUCGAUCUAAAGCCAACUCUCCAGAGGGACAAGGCUUCUGUCAGGCUGGAUUCAGUAUUGACUUUGUCAAGAAUAACAGGGUGGUUGUUGGAGGCCCUGGUAGUUUCUACUGGCAAGGUCAGCUGAUAAGUGAUGAUAUCUCUGAGAUCAUCACCAGGUUCAAUAGACAAUACUACACUCCUUACAGUAACCAGCUGACCACUAAGUCUGCCAGCGCUCAGUACGAUGACAGCUAUUUAGGUUAUUCUGUGACUGUCGGUGACUUCAAUGCUGAUGGAGAAGAUGAUUACAUUACCGGGGUACCCAGGGGAGACAAAGCUCUGGGCUACGUGAACAUCUUCAAUGGGAGGAAUAUGGAGUCGGUCCUGAACUUCACAGGAACACAGAUGGCUGCCUACUUCGGCCAUUCUGUGGCAGCGACCGACAUCAAUAACGAUGGGCUGGUGGAUCUGUUUGUAGGGGCCCCUCUGUUCAUGGACCGCGGUAGUGAUGGGAAGCUGAGGGAGGUGGGCCAGGUGUCUGUGUUCCUGGGGAAGGGAGGCUUCUCCUUCCACACACCCAUCACACUGAGUGGGACAGAGAUCUACUCACGCUUCGGCAGUUCUAUCGCCACACUGGGGGACCUGGAUAUGGAUGGCUUCAACGACAUUGCCAUAGCUGCACCCUACGGCGGGCCGAAGCACAGGGGCCUAGUGUACAUCCACAAUGGGAGGGCUGCAGGGCCUGACCCAGUGCCUUCUCAGGUCCUAGAGGGGAGGUGGGCGUCCUCUUACAUGCCCCCCAGCUUUGGAUACUCCCUGCACGGAGCCACCGAUAUUGACCAGAAUGGAUACCCAGACUUAAUAGUGGGUGUAUUUGGUGCAGACAAAGCUGUUCUAUACAGGGCCCGACCCGUCAUCAGUGUUAACGCCACCCUGGACAUCAGCCCUCAGAUCCUCAACCCAGAGGAGAGGAGCUGCAAGCUGCCUGACAGUGACACUAAAGUGUCCUGUUUCAAAGUGAAGUACUGUCUUAAAGCGAGUGGAAGAGGUGCACCAGAUUCACUGAAGUUCCAGGUUCACCUUGUCCUGGAUAGACUCAAACACAAGGGGGCGACAAAGAGAGUUCUGUUCCUCCACAGCAAAACGUCCCAGUACACGAAAAACAUGACGGUCAGCAACGGCCAAGGACCGGCCUGCGAGGAGCAAGAAGCCUUCCUCAUAGAUGACUCUGAGUUCCGCGAUAAGAUCACUCCCAUCUCUGUGUUCAUGGAGUUUAGUCUGGACUACCAGCAGGCUGCAGAUAAGACCGGCCUACUGCCUAUCCUGGAGCAGACUACCCUCACCAACAUCUCCAAACAGGCCCAUGUCCUACUGGACUGUGGAGAUGACAACAUCUGCAAGCCAGACCUCAAGCUGUCUGUAGUGAGUGACCAGAAGCAGAUCUACAUAGGAGAUGAUAACCCCUUGACCCUGGAGGUGACAGCGGAGAACAGAGGAGAGGGGGCGUACGAGGCAGAGCUCCAUGUCUUCCUUCCUCCCCAGGCUGACUUCACUGGGGUCGUACGCAACAGUGAGACUCUGUCAAGAUUGUCCUGUGCAUACAAGACAGAGAAUCAGACCAGGGUGGUGGUGUGUGACCUGGGGAACCCCAUGAAAGGAGGAAUUAAGGUGCUGGCCGGACUCCGCUUCAGUGUUCAUCAGCUCUCAGAGCAGGACACAUUUGUGAAGUUUGACCUGCAGAUACAGAGUUCCAACCAGUUCAACAGCACCAGCAGUCUGGUCUCCAGCAUCACUACGCUGGCUGUUCUGACCAAUGUGGAUGUCAGAGGGGUGGCGCUUCCUGACCAGGUCUUCCUGCCCAUCGCUAACUGGAAGCCCAAAGAGAACCCUGUCGUAGGAGACGACAUCGGUCCACAAAUACUGCACAUCUAUGAGUUGCGUAACAGAGGUCCCAGUACCUUCAGCAAGGCCAUACUGGACAUCGAGUGGCCCUACAGGUUCAACAACGGCUCUCUGCUCUACAUCACUAAACUAGAGGUGGACGGAGGCAUGAACUGCAGUACAGACAUGGAGAUCAACCCACUCAAUGUCUCAAAUCCUCUGUCAGCAGAGACAAAUGGUUCAGCUUCCACCAGUGGAGACAAUACAGAAGGGAGGAACAGGAACCAUGUUCACCGCAGAGAGCUGGCGAAGAAAGAGAUGGAGGGAGACCUGGAAACUCUGGACUGUUCCAAAGCCCAGUGCCUGAAGCUCCGGUGUCAGGUGGGCCGUGUGGAGAGAGGUCAGAGUACUACCCUGUACGUCCACUCCAGACUGGGGGUGGCCACCUUCCUCAAGACUGAGAGCCAGAACCGAUCGUUCACCGUGAGAUCCUCCGCUUCCUUCAGCGUCAUAGAGAUGCCUUAUAACAAGAACCUGGUGUCUGAGCUGCCCUCCAACGCAAUUACGGUGAGUAUGUCAGUGAUCUGGUUGCAAUCUGAUCCUGAACCUGUUCCCGGGUGGGUGGUGGCGCUGGCUGUGCUGGCUGGACUACUGCUGCUGGCUCUGCUAAUCUUCAUCAUGUAUAAGCUGGGGUUCUUCAAGCGUGUACGCCCCCCUCAGGAGGACAACACGGAGAAGGAACAGCUGGCACCGCAGGAGAAUGGUGACAGGAACAAUGAAGCCUGAGACCUCCAGCAACCCCCGGAGGUCUCCAGACUUCAACACCAGGACCUGCAUCUACACACUAUCUCUCACAAGUAGAACAUUUUGCAAAUAAAAAUAAAUAAAAAUCCCAUCUAGCCAGCAGAUAUUCAGGAGACCUCAUGAGCUGUCCUAACCAGUUAACAGUUACCAGUUGGUGUCUUGAUAAUAGAAAAAGGCAGUUAGUCAGUGGUUCCUGACCCAUAGACCUGUUCCUGACCCAUAGACCUGUUCCUGACCCAUAGACAGGUUCCUGCACCAUAGACAGGUUCCUGACCCAUAGACAGGUUCCUGACCCAUAGACAGGUUCCUGACCCAUAGACAGGUUCCUACACCAUAGACAGGUUCCUGACCCAUAGACCUGUUCCUGACCCAUAGACAGGUUCCUACACCAUAGACAGGUUCCUGACCCAUAGACCUGUUCCUGACCCAUAGACAGGUUCCUGCACCAUAGACAGGUUCCUGCACCAUAGACAGGUUCCUGACCCAUAGACAGGUUCCUGACCCAUAGACAGGUUCCUGACCCAUAGACAGUUUCCUACACCAUAGACAGGUUCCUGCACCAUAGACAGGUUCCUGCACCAUAGACAGGUUCCUACGCCCAUAGACCGGUUCAUGACCCAUAGACAGGUUCCUGCACCAUAGACAGGUUCCUGACCCAUAGACAGGUUCCUGACCCAUAGACAGGUUCCUGACCCAUAGACAGGUUCCUGCACCAUAGACAGGUUCCUGACCCAUAGACAGGUUCCUGACCCAUAGACAGGUUCCUGACCCAUAGACAGUUUCCUGACCCAUAGACAGGUUCCUGACCCAUAGACAGGUUCCUGCAACAUAGACAGGUUCCUGACCCAUAGACAUGUUCCUGACCCAUAGACAGGUUCCUGCACCAUAGACAGUCAAUUUCUUUUGAGUUGAAAGAAUGUUUAGCUAUUUCUAUGAUCAACCCAUACAUAAUCUAGACCUACAUGUGUCGCUAUUGACAAUGAUUUCACAAGAGGCCUAAUUCACAUGAUAUGACUCAAUAACUAUAGCCACUAAUGCAGGGCUGCCCAACCCUCUUCCUGGAGAACUAGUGUCCUGUAGGUUCAGUCCAACCCUCUUCCUGGAGAACUAGUGUCCUGUAGGUUCAGUCCAACCCUCUUCCUGGAGAACUAGUGUCCUGUAGG